AUGCUGGAUUCUUUCAGAACUUGCUUGAGCUCUCUGCACAGGAGGGCGAAAACCUUACUUCAACAGCUGAGAAACAUGGAUAGAGUUAGUAAAUGCAAGAGGAGAAAAAGCAAGAGGUUAUUGUCUUCAAGUUUUGAUUUGCUAACUUCAUCUUUUGCAGCCAUGGAGAUGUCCAACCAACUCAAACAAGUUUUCAAGGUCAUAGACGCUAAUGGGGAUGGCAAGAUAUCCUGCUAUGAGCUCAGCGAAGUUCUACUGUGUCUUGGCUAUCAAAAAUCAAAAGCUGCUCGGGAAGCUGAAAGAAUGGUGAGAGAAAUGGACUGUAACGGAGAUGGAUUUAUCGACUUAGAUGAAUUCAUCGAUGCUGUUAAUGACGAUGGAAACUUUACUAGCGGUAACAAGGAAGAUUAUCUCAUGGACGCUUUUCUGAUUUUUGAUACUGAUAAGAAUGGACUAAUCUCGGCGAGGGAGUUGCAGACCGUUCUUACUAGCCUAGGAUGCAAAAAAUGCAGCCUCGAAGAUUGCAGGCGUAUGAUAAAAGGGGUGGAUAAAGAUGGCGAUGGUUUCGUGGAUUUUCAUGAAUUUCGAUCGAUGAUGACAGCAGGUGCAAGCUAA